CUCGAAUUUUGUCUGUCAUCCUAUUCCUACAUAGUGAAAUGUUUGUAUGUUUUUCUAUUACUGCUAUAAUACAGUUGAUGAAAAUCCAAUAAUUGUAUUGAAAGAUGUCCGAGAUGGAGGUUACCGAAAACAGCAAUGACUGUUCAAAUGAUUUGUUGCUUCUUGAUCGUGUCUUUCUUCGUCUUGGAAAUGCAGACUCUGAUGAGCAGCUGGAGAGUUGUCUAAAGAGAUUCUUGCCUCCUGUAAUUCUUAAGCUAUCAUCCCCACAUGAACAGGUUCGCACUAAGGUGAUGGAACUGUUAGUUCAUGUGAACAAGAGAGUAAAAUGUAGAGCUGAUGUGCAACUCCCUGUGGAGACUUUGGUACAGUCCUACCGUGAGCCUUCUGCAAACAGUUUUAUCAUUAAUUUUUCAAUUAUUUACAUUACUAUGGGUUUUCCUCGAUUACCUCGUGAGGAACAACUUAAGAUGGCACCCAUUUUGCUGGAAUCUAUUGAAAACAGGCCUCAGAGUCACCAAGAUCAGAUUCUUAUGUUGGUUAUACCCUUACUUGCCAACAUAAAAGAGACUGAACUAAAUUUCAAGGAAAAACCUAAGGUGUCUGCUUUGAUACUAAAGUUUGCAACUGAUGUUUUACUUUUGCCCUACAGAGCUUUACCAAAUGCUGGAGAGAGUGAUUUUCAAGUGCCACCUGGAAUGAGUAUGAAAUCAUACAAAAGAAUUGUGGAAAAGAAUCAGUUGAAUCCCAACCAGCUUGAAGAGAUGAAAUUAGCUAUUGUGAACUUUAUAAGCAAGGAUAUAUUCAACACAAAUGAUAUACUAUUGACACUUAUUGUUGCCGCAGCAGACUCCCGUUUUAGUGUUGCUAACCAUGCAAAUAGUCCAUUAAUAAGGGUGAACAGUUCAGUGGAUUGGUCCCAGCCUUCAAUUGUCGCCCCAUUAUACUCGUUGUACUUGGGUACUUGGGGCGGACUUAAAGUACCACCAGAUGAUCGCAAGGUUCCAGCUUGCACCAGGCUGCGCUUGAAGCUCCUGCAAUAUUUGAACAAAGCUACGGGACCUGCUAUUAUGUUCCCGCAUUGUGUACAAGUAGUCUUUUCAUCGUUAUUUGACCCCAAUACCAAUUCAAGAUUGCGCAAUAUGGCGUUGAUGUUCCUAUUGAAUGUCACCAAUAAUGGUGAUGAGGUGCAAUUGAAAAAAGUUGCGACUGUGUUCUUGCAAGGGUUGCUGAAAUUGAUCAGAUCGGAGGAUCAUGCCGAGCACCAUUCAAAGGCUUAUAUGUGUAUAGGUAGAUUAGCGAUGAAGUGCCCCGAUUGCUUUAGUGGCCAAUUCUCAUUGUUGGAGGAACUCGUAAAGAAGAUUCCAGAAGCAGUACCAGAGAUGAAGACCGCUUUGCGUGAUGCGCUAUUGGAAAUGGCCGUGGCUUAUAAGAUUAAUGCAGACGAACAAGAAGCUGGUUCUUCGCAAGACAAAAUGGAUGUCGACGAAAUGGAAAAAUAUUUAUGUUUUCAUGAGUCGCAAGCCGUUGCUUUAUUUGCGCUUUUGGACCAUUAUGUGCACAGCGAUGAACCUAUGAUCCGGUACAUUGCGAUGCGAUAUUCGGCGGCAGUGUUCCCACAGGACUAUGUCCCGUCGAGAUACCUGUUAUUAAUUGCCAGCGGAGAUAACCAGGACGAUACAUCAACAGAAGCCCUAAAAUGCCUUUAUGGCACCUCGCGUCCGAGUGAAAUAGACGAUGUCGUAAAUAACAUAGUAAAGAAAGAGACAACAACAGUCAAUCUAGACGAUGACACAAAGCAGGACAAAAAUAUACAACAGGACGAGUUUAUAGCGCCCAAGUUUAAUGUAAUGGUUAAUUAUAUAUGGGAUCAGAUACAAAAGAGGAAGAAAGGAUCCAAUUCUAAACAUAGAUUUGUGGUCGGGAAUCAAGUAUUGCAGUUUCAUCCGAUGACGUAUCAAGAAAUAUUAAGGUACCUGAGGAUGUGCCUAAAUCGCGACGCAGAUCUGAAAGACUGUUCGAAUCACCCGAACGCAACGUCUCCAUUGCUCACUCGAUACAUUUACGACAAAUUGCUGGACUCCGAAGUACUCGAGAGGUACUUGACUAUGAUCACGUCGUUAUUGAAUGCCAGUCCAGGUAUUAUGCCCCUCACAUGUUUCCUAGACAUAGUCGGGUGCGUGCCAGACAAAAUGGCGCCAAAAUACUCAUCACUACUACCGUUCCUACUGAAACAAUUAACGACCAGUACCAAGGAGGAAAUACGCGAAACGGCAGCGACAAUUUACGCGAUAAUUUUCGUAGCGACAAACGAAAAGUCGGCCAUAGAUAGGCAGAUUAAGGAGUUCGUGGUACAGGGGGUUAACAAUCGGAGUUUAGAAGCGCAAUGCGGUUAUAUUGCGGUAUUUACAAAUAUGUGUGAGCGGUGUAUUGUAUUAUCUAGAAAAGGAAAGUUUGGUGGAAAGGGGUUCAAUCCGGUUAACUGGGAACCUUAUCAGGAGGCGGCGAUAGCUUUAGUUAAUUUCCUCUCAAACGCCCAAUCAUUACUCGUCGCCGCAUCCGUAAUGGCUAUAUCAGUAUUAGUGCGAUCUUCAGCCCUGCCCCUACCCAAUAGUUCUUCCGAACAAGAGCAAUUACUGCAAACCGAAAACCCCUUCAGUAAGGACGGCCAUGAUGGUGACGUCACGAAGUUCCUCGUCGCUGAUAGGCUGUUCCAAAUUGUCGGCAAUGCGAAGCAUCCGUCCAAAGUGAAGGAAAGAUCGCUCUUCACGUUGGGUUUGAUGUGUUGCGGGGAAAGGCUCGUGUUCGCUAAGCAACUUGUUCAAGGAUUUCUGCAAAUGGCUAAAGACAGCAAGGAAUUCGAGAUUCAUCUGCAAAUUGGAGAGUCGUUAGUUUUAUGCGUGGAAGGGGUUAAUUCAAACGAAAAUCGAGAUCUAUGGACGGAAAUGCCUAAAGAGGGUGAAGCUAAAGUUCGUGACGUGGAGGCUUUGAAGGAGAACGACCAGCUCUUAGAAUGGCUCCUUCAAGAGUUGUUCAAGAUUGGACGGCAUCCGCAUCCACAUUCGAGACAGGCUACGAGUAUUUGGUUGUUAGCGCUUUUGAAAAAUUGUCCCGAGCGUGGACCAAUCAAGCACUCGCUGCCGAAACUCCAGGAUGUAUUUAUGGACUAUUUAUCGGAGAAUAGUGAUAUCGUACAAGACGUGGCGAGCAAGGGUCUAAGUCUAGUGUAUCAGAACUCGGACGAGGGCCAGAAGCAGGCGUUGGUUGGGCAAAUUAUUGAGCAGCUGACGUCGGGCAAGAGGUCAGUUGCCCAAGUCACGGAGGAUACCAAGAUAUUUGAGGAAGGGCAGCUUGGUACUGCGCCUACCGGCGGGAAUCUCUCAACAUAUAAAGAAUUAUGUUCGUUAGCGUCGGAUUUGAAUCAACCGGACCUACUCUACAAAUUCAUGCACUUAGCUCAUCACAACUCCGUUUGGAACUCAAAAAGAGGUGCAGCUUUCGGCUUCCAUUCGAUAGCCCUCCAAGCUGGUGCUCAAUUGUCGGAGCAUUUGCCCAAAAUAGUUCCACGCUUGUACAGAUAUCGGUUUGACCCGACUCCGAGGAUUCAGAACUCUAUGGCUAGCAUUUGGCAAGCCAUUGUACCUAAUACACAGGCCACGGUCCAAAAAUACCAUAAAGAAAUAUUGGCUGACUUGACAGCUAAUUUGACGUCAAACCAGUGGAGAGUUCGAAUGUCAUGUUGUAAUGCACUAUCGGAUUUAUUAAGAGGUGCAAAGAGUCUUCACGAAUCAUUAGAACAAUUGCCAUCAAUUUGGGGUCAACUAUUUCGGGUGAUGGACGAUGUGCACGAAGGGACACGACAGGCAGCCACUUCUACUGCAAAUGUUUUAUCUAAGCUUUGCAUCCAAGCUUCAGAUGUGGGCCAGGGUAAAGAUGGGAAGGAAAUUGUGUCAGCGAUACUUCCUGUUCUCUUGGAAACGGGGAUCACUAAUCUAGUCAGGGAGGUGAGGAGUGUGAGCUUGCAAACCGUGUCCAAAUUAGUGACCGCCGCCGGGUCCAGUUUGGCCCCGUUUUUGGGCCGGUUGGUCCCAGCGUUGUUAGCUGCGGCGGGUGACCUUGAAUCUGCAAAACUCUCGUAUUUGAGUACCGUACUUGCGGAUAGCGGAUCACGUGAAGUGUUGGACGAUAUGCGAGCAAGUGCCACGAGGCAACAUUACACUACAGACACUGUAGUUAAGUGUAUGCCCUUCAUCGACAUAGAGGUAAUGAAAGAAAUGCUCCCAAAAAUUUUAGAGCUGUCUAAAUCUCCCCAACUGGGUACGAAGGUUGCGUGUGCGCAUUUCCUCGUUCUCGCCGCACAUUACUUGCGAGCUGAGAUAGAACCAGUCGCAGGAAAAAUCAUGACCAAUCUCCUAAAUGGAACCUUUGAUAGGAACUCCACGGUUAGAAAGAAUUACGCUGAGGCUCUUGGACAGAUUUCGGCCUUUGCUAAGCAACAAUCAAUUGAGAAGCUGAUGAAGAAAUUGGUGAAUCUAUACGAGACGAAAGAGGAUGAUUUGGCGAGGUCUGCUAUUGCUCUGACUUUGAAAUCUGUGGCCAAAGCCAAGAUCGAACAUAUCAAAGACAAUGAAGGGAUACUUGCACCAAUUGUCUUCCUUGCGAUGCACGCGCCCAAGGAUAAUGAGUCAAACACGGUAGAGAUGUUUGAAGAAAUAUGGACAGACAUGAGCCCGGCGAGAGAGAGUGGCAUCAAACAGCACUUACCAGUUCUCAGAGAGGAGAUAGAAAAGGCUCUCAACUCCAGCAGUUGGACUAAGAAGAUUCAGGCAGCAAACGCAAUAAAAACAAUAUGCAAGGAGUUGUCGAGCGGGCUCGGAGAGCAGAGGGAAGUGUUCGUUCGUUCGUUACUGGCGGCCGUACACGGGAAGACAUUUGAUGGGAAAGAGCAUGUCGUGGAAGCGCUGGCUUCGCUUUGCAGCGUAAAAGAAGGUGAAUCGCCGAUCUCGACUGCGCUAGCGACAGAAUGCGUGAACGCAUUACUAGUAGAGAGCCGCAAACAAGACAUGGCGUACAAGAAACAUGCAAUUUCCGCUCUUGGCUCCGCUCUCGCCGCUACCCACUGCGAUGUCUUCAACCAAGUCUACGAUAUCGUCAAAGUUAUAUUGUCCAAGGAUGAAAACUCAAUGGAAAAGGAUUCAGAUGACGAAGACACCGAAAGCUCAAGAAAGAGACGCGAACAACUCACCGCUCUGAAGGAAGCCGCUUACGAGCUUCUGGGAAAGGCUUGGCCCAAAAAUUCCGAUACUCAGGAAAAAUACCAAGAUUUAUUCUUUGAGCAUUGCUCCAAGUCCUACCCAUCAAGCUCGCGGUCAACUCAACUAGCGAUAUUAUCCGGCGUCGCUCAAGUGUUGGAAAGACUUGUGAUACUUAACGUUGAUGCAAUGGACACGGAUGAAGAUCGAGAUAAGGCAAUUAAUUCUGUCACCACACACGUCGCUGCUAUCGUCGACUAUACGCUUAAAAACAGUAACCAAGUUCGGAGCAGGCGGGACGCCCUCAAUGUUUUGGAAAUACUCACAAAGCGAUUAAAAGAUCUGCAGAAAACAGAAGAAUUGAACAGACUCAAGCAGAUCUACCAGACAUAUGCGCAGGACCUUUCUAAGGACUCUUCACACGAACUGCGAACUAAAGUAGAAAGCGUUAAAGUGUAUUUUAAAUAAAUUUUUCGAUUCUGAAUAAAUUAUGAGAAA